UCUGUCCUAAUUAUAAAUUUUGUGUUAUCUUUUGGUUCUGUUGGUUUUUGAUCGUUAUGUAUUAUCUUUAUCAUGUCAGUAAUGAAUCACAUUGGAUUAUAUUACUAACAAAAUUUGGCUGCUACCAACUGUCAAUCUAGAAUUAUUGGUGGUUUAGAUCAGAGAUUACUGUUUUUGCUUUAGAUGGCUUUUUAUUGGUUCACCGUUGAAAAUGAUUCUGUUCAGUUUUUGUUAAAAUAUGAGAAUGUUUGUGUUACUCUCAGUUAUUACUUAUCUAGUGUUAAAGUGAAAAUGACCUGUGUGUAUGAGAGACGGUAGUGAUUAUAGAUUGUUGCUUUAGACAAACAUUGAACACUUAUACUGUAAGUGUAAAAUUGUUAAUCAAUAUAUGAAUUUCAAGUUGAACCGAAGCGGGUCCUAAUUGAUAGAUUUUGCAAUAAUUCCAUGCAAUUUCGAGUAUGGGAUUCGAAAUGAAUUCUUUCCUCAGUUUUUAAAUUAUUGAUUAUGGGAAGUUUGAAAAAAAGAGGAAAUUCUUGCAAAUCAAAGCCAUAAAUCUUAUCAGCCUUAGUUCUAAAUAGGAUGGAUAUGUUUUCCAACAACAAUAAGUAUACGACUUAGGUUUAGCUUUUCCUGAAUAGGAAAUGGGUGUGUCAAUAUGUACUUAACGUCAUGCCGAGUGUGGAAAUAACUAUGAGUUGUUUGGUGCACAUUGCUUGUAUUUGAAUAGAACUCUCUCACUCAAGUUGUGUGCCGAAAUAAGUAAAAAACUUAAUUGCGGUAAUUUACCAAGCUUUUGCUCAUAACCUUCAAGAGAUUACUAGGAUAUUAAGAUAUGAAUUCCUGUAUGUUAAUUAAGGUAUUGAUUACCUUACAACUGCAAUGAAUUUAACUUUAUUUAGCUCAUUUACAUGGCUCAAUUCUUUUGUUAAGUUGACUUGGUUUUACUGAUUUUGUAUUGCUCUAGAUCACAAAAGAUAUCUUCAUGUCUUGAUUUCUCUCGUUAACAUGUAAUCCAGCGAAUCACUUUGUGAAAAGGGACUAAUAAUAGAUGCAGAUAAAUGUUAUUUUGUUUAGCCCAUCAGUUGAUUUUUUUCCUUAAGCUGGAAUGAGAAAAAAAAAAUCUCCAUGCCUAUAUAAUCAUGGUCUAAAUGUUGGCUUUUAGGAAAGUGACAAUGAGUGAGGCUUUAAAGAAAUCUUCUUCAAAUGGUUUUGAGAAGUCUUUAACAACUGAAGAGCAGCAGGCGAAGAUUAAUGAGGUGAGGAAGUUGGUGGGGUCGCUUCCUGAGAAAUUGUCCAUUUAUUGCUCUGAUGCAUCGAUUACGAGAUAUUUGAAGGCGCGAAACUGGAAUGUGAAGAAGGCGAUAAAAAUGCUGAAAGAAACCUUGAAAUGGAGAGCAGAAUACAAACCUGAAGAGAUUCGUUGGGAAGAAGUUUCUUCCGAAGCACAGACAGGGAAGAUCUACAGGACAAGUUAUAUUGACAAGCAGGGGAGAACAGUUCUUGUCAUGAGACCCAGUUGCCAGAAUACGAAGUCCACAAAAGGACAAAUUAGGUACUUGGUCUAUUGCAUGGAGAAUGCCAUCCUAAAUUUACCACCAGAUCAGGAGCAGAUGGUGUGGCUUAUAGAUUUCCAUGGUUUUAAUCUCUCACAUAUUUCACUUAAGGUGACAAAGGAAACAGCCCAUGUUUUGCAAGACCAUUAUCCAGAAAGACUGGGUCUCGCAAUACUUUACAACCCGCCCAAGUUCUUUGAACCAUUUUAUACGGUGGCGAAAGCUUUUCUAGAGCCCAAGACUUACAAUAAAGUCAAGUUUGUUUACUCCGGCGAGCCAAACACCAUGAAAAUAAUGGAAGACGUAUUUGACAUGGACCAUCUUGAGUCUGCCUUUGGUGGCAAAGACAGUUCAGGUUUCGACAUCAAUAAAUAUGGGGAAAGAAUGCGAGAGGAUGACAAAAGGAUGCCUUCAUUUUGGACAAAAGGAACUCCGGCUUCAGUAAUACCGGAAUCAGCCCUAACUUCUGUUGCUUCCUUGGAUCUCAACAUCGACUUGCAAUCUGACACGUCGGAAAAUGAUGACACAGACAAUUCUCCACUUAAGAGGUCAGAUUCUGAAAUUGUGCCCCUAGAGGAAAAUGUGGCAGCAACUAAUAGUAGCACAGAAAUAUUGGAAAAAAAGCAUCCGCAGGAAAUCAUAUCCCAUGAUUUCAAAGCAGAUGCCUGACUCUAAUUCAAGUUAUGAUAACCCAAUAACAACUAUGUUAGCCCAGCUGACCUGUAAUUCUAGUGAGAGAGACUUUAAUCUCAAGAGGGUCUGUCCAGUUUUAUUGAUAUCAUAACAGUAUGGAAACUCAACAAAUUAUUUUUCUUAGUUGAGUUCAUGAAAUGGCGUUGAGAUCAGACAUUAAAUGCUACUACUAUAUUCAGUAUGUGAAUUUGCGCUGUUGUUAAAAUUCAAUUUCAUUAAAUUGGUUUGGCUUGGUUGGUUAUUCUUCUUA